AUGUGGGUUUAUAACUCAACAACGGAGUUGAUGGAGUAUAGAGAGGUCUCUUUCGUUCCUGGUCUAUACAAAAUCUUCGAUGAAAUCCUGGUUAACGCGGCGGACAACAAACAAAAUGACCCGAACAUGAGUGAGAUCAGGGUUACCUUGGACAAGGAAGCUGGUGAAAUCAGCGUCUGGAAUAACGGUCGUGGUAUUCCAGUAGAGAUCCACAAGAAAGAGCAAAUCUACAUCCCCGAACUUAUUUUCGGUCAUCUGUUGACCUCGUCGAACUACAACGAUAUGCAAGAAAAAGUUACCGGUGGACGAAACGGUUACGGAGCGAAACUAUGUAACAUUUUUAGUAAGGAAUUUACAGUCGAAACUGCUGACUCUAAGCAGAAAAAGAAGUUUAAACUCACAUGGACGAACAACAUGUCAACUAUGGGAAAGGCCAAGAUUACUGAAUGCAAGGGAGAUGACUAUACCAAGGUUACAUUCAAGCCUGACUUUGCAAAGUUCGGCAUGGACGGCAUGGACGAUGAUUUCGAAGCCUUGGUUAAAAGAAGGGUCUACGACAUGGCUGGCACCUGUGGGACAGCAGUGAAGUUAAACGGCACAAGGAUCCCCAUCAAGUCUUUCAAAAAGUACAUGGAAAUGUACACCAAAGCAAUCAAGGCUGAACGAGGAGAGGAUCCCACUUCGGCUUCUGAUAAAAAUGAUAUAAUUACAGAAAGCCCGGACCGGCGCUGGGAAAUUGGAUUCACCGUAUCGGAUGGCUCUUUCCAACAGGUUUCCUUUGUCAAUUCCAUUGCAACAACAUCUGGUGGAACACACGUUAACUACAUCAGUGACCAAAUUUGCAACAAGCUUGCUGACGCUCUGAAAAAGAAAAACAAGACCGGGGCAACUCUCAAGGCUACCCAGAUCAAGAACCACAUCUUCCUCUUCGUCAAUUCCCAGAUUGUCAAUCCGGCCUUUACUUCUCAAACCAAAGAGCAAUUGACUACCAGACCAAGCCAAUUCGGAAGCAAAUGUGUUGUUUCCGAUGACUUUUUGAAGAAGGUCAUGAAGACCCGGGUCAUGGACGAUAUCCUCCACUUUGCAGAAAAGAAAGCUGAUCAAAUUUUGAAGAAAACGGACGGAAACCGCCGUUCCCGUAUGAAUAACCCGAAGCUUACAGAUGCAAAUAAGGCCGGCACUAAAGAUGGACAUCACUGUACUCUCAUCCUAACUGAAGGUGAUUCCGCCAAGGGUUUGGCUAUGGCCGGCCGAGCAGUUGUGGGACCUGACCUUUUUGGAGUAUUUCCACUUCGAGGAAAACUUCUCAACGUUCGAGAUGCCUCCGUAGACCAAAUCUCGAAGAAUGCUGAAAUCCAGAACAUCAAAAAUUUCAUUGGCUUACAGCAUAAAAAGGAAUAUACUGAUACUCGAGGCCUCCGGUACGGCCAUUUGAUGAUUAUGACUGAUCAGGAUCAUGACGGCAGUCAUAUCAAGGGCUUACUCAUCAAUUAUCUUCAGGUUGCAUUCCCAACUCUCUUGAAAAUACCCGGCUUCCUGAUCGAAUUCAUCACGCCUAUUGUUAAAGUUUGGAAGGGAGAUCCUAAAAAUCCAACUCACACCAAAUCUUUCUUCACCCUUCCAGAAUAUGAGGAGUGGAAGGAAGCUCAUGCGCAUGAUAAGAAAUGGCAAAAGAAGUACUACAAAGGUUUGGGUACUAGUUCAACAGAGGAUGCCCAAAUUUACUUCCAAGAUUUGGACAGGCACCUGAAACAGUUUCACACACUGCAGGAUAAGGAGGCGGAGCUCAUCGAGCUCGCUUUUUCUAAGAAGAAAGCGGACGAACGAAAGGAGUGGCUUCGUCAGUUUAAGCCAGGAACAUACCUUGAUCACUCCACGGACCAGAUCACUUAUACUGAUUUCAUCAACAAAGAGCUUAUUCUUUUCAGUAUGGCCGAUAACAUUCGAUCCAUUCCCUCAGUGGUAGAUGGCUUGAAACCUGGCCAGCGGAAGGUUUUGUACACUAUGUUUAAACGCAAUGUCAGAAGGGACAUCAAGGUUGUCGAGCUUGCUGGUUAUGUCUCUGGUAUGACGGCUUAUCAGCAUGGUGAUAACUCUUUGCAUACCACUAUUGUUGGUCUGGCUCAAACCUUCGUCGGCUCAAACAACAUCAAUUGUUUGGAACCCAGCGGUAACUUUGGAAGUCGUCUCCAAGGAGGUUCUGACAGUGCCAGUGCUCGUUAUAUUUACACGCGUCUCUCGCCGUUUGCGAGACGAUUAUUCCAUCAAGCUGAUGAGCCGUUAUUGGUGAACAACGUUGAUGACGGAAAAGUGAUUGAGCCUGAAACUUACGUGCCUGUUGUUCCGCUCAUUCUUAUCAACGGCGCUGAUGGUAUCGGAACAGGCUGGAGCACCUCAAUCCCCAAUUAUAAUCCAGAAGAAGUAGUUGAUAACCUCAAACGGCUGAUGGCAGGUGAGGAGCUUGUUCCAAUGAAGCCAUGGUUCCGCGGUUUUAAAGGUGAAGUUACUGGGUCUGGAGAUCGCUACAAGUUCAGUGGGAUUAUCAAACAAACCGGAGACAACGAAGUAGAGAUCACCGAAUUGCCUAUCCGUACCUGGACCCAAGACUUCAAGGACAAGCUUGAGGAAAUCAUCAAGGCUGAAAAGGUCCCUUCAUUUAUUAAAGAUUACAAGGACUACAACACCCACACCAAUGUUCAUUUCGUCAUUCAGAUGGAAGAAAAACACAUGAAGAAGGCCCUUGAGGAAGGCCUUGAGGAAAAGUUUAAGCUUGUUAAACAAAUAGCAACUUCGAACAUGGUUGCUUUUGACGCUGAAGGUCGUAUUACACGCUACGAAACUCCAGAGGACAUCUUGCGGGCCUUCUAUGCAGUCCGUAUCAAACUGUAUGAGAAAAGAAAGCAAUAUCUCCUGUCGGAACUUCAAACCCAGCUUGACAAGCUAAGCAACCAAGCCCGUUUUGUUCAGAUGAUUAUAGAUGGAAAACUGGUGAUCUCAAAGAAGAAGAAAGCUGUUCUCAUCCAAGAGCUGCAGGAGAAGGGAUUUAAGCCAUUCCCAAAGGUUGUCGGUACUCCCGAACCAGGGGAAGCUGGUGAUAUUGAAGAAGAGGAAGACGAAGAGGAGGAGACCGCAAGUGCGGCCGUUUCUUCAGACGCAUAUGAUUACCUUCUGAGCAUGCCUCUGUGGUCCCUGACUCAAGAACGUGUUGACAAACUACGACGCCAAAUUGGAGACAAGGAGAUGGAAGUUGAUACGCUGAUCAAACUAACAAAGGAAGAUCUCUGGAGGAAGGACCUUGACGAGUUCAUUUCUGAAUGGAGAUUCCAGCUUGAGGACGAAGAAACCCGUCGCAAGAAAAUUGCUAGUCGUGGCAGACGCUUGUCGGCCAAGGUCAAAACCGGCAGCCGAGCUACUGCUGCUAAAAAACGCAAGGCGGGCUCAGGUGAUGAUAGUGAUUUUGACGUUCCCAAGGGGAAAAAGGCAACCGUUAAUCGCGUUCAACCCAAGGGUGGGCUACUUGAUUUUCUUAGUAAAGCGAAGCCUAAGCCAAAGGCAACAUCCCGUGUCGAUGGUGCAGAUGAUUCGGAUGACUUUGAGGAUGAAGUUAUGCCGAAGCCGAAAUCUCGAGGAGCUGCAAAGGAAGCCAAAGCUAAGCCUAAGAAACUAAGUGAUGCAGAUUUCAUGGACAUCGAUUCCAUGGGAACCGACAACCCGAAGCGGGAACCAUCUCCUGUAGAGAAUCCAAAGGUGGUCGAUGAUGACUCGGAUAUCGAGAUGAUCCCUAAGCCAACCACGCAACGCAGCGCUCGAAACAAACAGCAGCCUAAGAAGUAUCAUGGUUUCAGUACAUCUGAGGAUGAAGAGAAUGAUGACUUCGAUGUCAGUGCCAUGGUCAAGGGGAUAGACAAGAAAAAGCCAAACACAGUCUCCACAGGACCAACCCUAUUCUCUGAACCUUCUCGCCCGGCCGGUGGAAGCUCGAAACUUCCUGCAAAGCCGGCAAAGGAGACGAUUGAAUUUGAUGCAGAUGCAACUGACUACUCGAAACUUAUCCCUCAAAACUCUCCGAGGCGCUCUCUCCUUGUGAAGCCGAAAGAAAACAAGGUGUUUUCAGAUGCAGAAGAUGACAUCGAAGAUGAGCCUAAACCUGCUGCUAAAUCGACAGCAAAGGCCAAAGCUUCUUCUAGUUCCAAGACAACUUCAAAACCUGUUGCAAAGGCUUCAACAACUUCUGCUCGAGGCCGGCCAAAGAAAGCAGUAGCUGCCCCGCCAGAGAAAGAGAAGAAGGCCCUUCAACUAUCACCUGCAGCAAAGGUCUAUGCUUCUAAAAAGGCCAAAGCCAAGAAAAUAGUGGACGAUAUGUCUGAUGACGAUAUCGACGCCAUGGCUAAUGAUAUUCUUGACUCGGAACCUGAGGAAGUUGUUAAACCAUCAUCUAGGGCGAGACCUUCACGUCGUGCAGCUACAACUGCCAAAAAGCCUGUGUACGCCCUUGAUGACGACAGCAGUGAAGAAGACGGAGAUGCAGCAGUUUCCAGCGAGGACUUCUCGGACUGAGAAGUCUGUAGUUUAAUGGGUACGGGUCAUUGAUUUGUUGGGGGUAUUCGUGGAGUCAACCUCAUGGGGGAAACGGGAGGGCCCCUGGGCGGUGUUCGGGGAUGGGGCUCGAUUCAACUAUUUCAUUAUCUAUUUCCUGCAUCUUUCUCUCAGUUGUAUGGCAUGCAUUUGAUAUAUUCUUCAGCUGUUAAUAUUCCUCCGCUAUAAUAGUUAUGGUAUAGAGAUACCUUUCCAUAACAUACUUGUCCAUAUUUCAUGUCUAUGUUUCCCCCACGUCCAUGGCCUCAUCAUCAGACAUCAGAGACAGAACGAUGAUUUUCCCGUCCAAUGUACGACUUUGCAAUAUUUCGUUACUCGAAGGGCAGCUCCCGGCCCCUUUCAGGGGACUUGUGUCUUCCUGCGAAGUUAGCUAUCAGCAUGACAACCAGGAUGGAUCUAGACCUUUAUCUCCCUUUUGAAACCAUUCUCGCCGACGGGAGGCUCUUAAAAUUUAAGGGGUCGUGGUUUGUGGCCGUGGAAGGUGAUAAAGCCGUCGCUUUCGCGGUUGUAGCACUGCUAGUCGUCUUUUUUUACUUUUUUCGUAGUCUGCAGUCGAUACCUUGUUUUUUUUUUUUAAACCUCACCUCAACCUACACGAUGAUACCUUUAGCACCAAAAGGCCAACACAACGCAUCCCAAUGGAGUUUUACUGUGAAAGAUGCUACUGCCAGACAUUCUCGACUAUGUGAAAUCGAUUGAUUGUUGACUUUUGAAGAAUCACAAGACAGGAGCCAUGACAAAUCGUUCAGUUGAGCGCCAGGCUUUCCCGCGGCCCCUGAAGACGAUGGGCUCCUGGAGACGGGAAUGCGGGUAUUUGUCCUAUCAUUAUGCUCAGUUUUACAUAUCUUGUUUCAUAUUCAGGGCCCGUGGGAUGAUAAGCUAUUUUGCUCCUUGAUAUAGCAGAGCCGGGAGAAGUAUAACUAAUUUCGAAGUACUUUAUGAAGUGUGAGUUCUUUCUAAUAUGCUUGACGCCCUGGAAAACAUCAUCAAAAGGCUUGCAGGUUCUUACAUAUAUGCCAUAUAAUUAACUUAAUAUUAACGUCAGAUACAGGAGAACAGGAGAUUCUGUCGAGUGUUCGUGGAGUUGCACAGUUGCCGGGGAAUAUCCUGGGGCUGUGGGAUUUGCUAAACCUCCAGCUGGCCGAAAGCUUUAUGUGCCACCAUCUCAAGCUCUCCCGCUUGGUAUAAGGCUUCAAGCUAUAUCCGUGGCGGCCUAACCCAACACUAUUGAUACCCUGUAUUUUGCUUGAUCCUUUAAUCAAGCCUGCCCAUGUUUGCCAUUUUCAACCUCCUUCGCUGGGUAUCCAUUUCAGGCCUUGUUGAGUCGAAACUGUGGGGGCAGACAAGCAUCUAUCCGUCACACGAGCUUUUAAGGCAUGCAGCCUCCCGCAACACGCCCACGGAUCAGGCAACCGCCUUUCUUUUCUUUCUGGCUCUUGGCUAGAUCAAGUAUAGGAAGAUUCAAAGCUUGCCAUACAUUCAGG